GGGGGUGAGCGGCCGAGUGCUUGGACUUGGAGUUGGAAUAACGCAACUCUGGGUAGGGUAGAGGCUGCUAGGAGACAACCGUAGUAACGCGGGGCGGGACGUCCAGGGUACCAUGCGAGCUCGUGGAUGGACCGACUGCCAGGGCCACGGGAGUCGCGCGUCUUUCCGCUGCUUCCCCCCGGAGAGCUCCGGGAUGGUGCGUUCCGGGAGCGCGCGGGAGGCUUGAAAUGCCGGGCUGGGCGCGCCACCAUCCUAGUAGCGGGUUCGCAGUGGGCUGGGUUCGACUCUGAGUGGUGCUAUGGACGCCCAGCGCGCUGAACUCUGUGCUUUGGAGGCGGAGGUCGCAGUCCUGCGGCGGGCGUGCGACGAGCUGCCAGUUCCUUGGAGCGAGACGUCCAGAAUCCAAAAAUUAUUUCAAGAAAUACACCCUUCAGAUUCUGCAGGAGGGGAAUCUUCAGAAGAUCUGAGAAGUCGUGUUGGACGAUUAGAAUCGGAACUUGCAUUUCUAAAUACAGUAACUGGCAUCAGUAUAAGGAAUUACUCCAAGCAGACAGAGGACCUAACAAGCACUGAGGUGACAGAAAAGAAUAUAAAGAAAGUUGUACAGAAAUACAGACUAUCAGGAAAUUGCCACAUGGUUACAUUUCAACUUGAGUUUCAGAUUCUGGAAAUUCAGGAUAAUGAGAGUUUAUCUUCUGUUAUUACUGACCUCAACAUAAUAAUGGAGCCCACAGAAUAUCCAGAAUUAAGUGAAUUUAUAUGUAGAGCAGAAGAAAGAAGAGAUUUAUUCUUGUUUUUCCGAAGUCUGCAUUUUUUUGUGGAGUGGUAUGAAUAUCGUGAACGAACAUUUAAACAUUUCAAGGAGAAGUACCCAGACACCGUGCAGCUCCCAGAGGGCGCCUGCUCCCGCUGCAUGAGCAUCUGCAGUGCCAGCCGGCCAGGGUUUGAGUUAGUAAUUGUGUGGAGGAUUCAAAUAGAUGAAGAAGGAAAAGUCUCACCCAAGCUGGAUCUUCUCACCCAAGUCCCACAGAGAGCCCUUAAGCUGGACAAAAGCAGAGUCGUAGAGACGGCGCCCCUCAGCUUCAGGUCGCUGCUCAGGGUGCUGGGCAUAGAAGCUGCUCUGGAAAGCCUGAUCAGACUGCUCCGCGCAGAGAACCACUAACUCCUGACGGCGACCCGGCGGCAGCUUUAUUGGGGAGCCGGGAUGACAGAGGACUUAGGAGUUGGCGUUGGGGCCCUUCUUCUGGCCAAAGGUGGGCACCACGUUGACGAAGCACUGGAUGUACUGCAUCCGCCGCUUGGCGCGGCCCGUCGUCGUCUUCUCCUGCUUGGCCACCUUGGGAGUCUGACCUCUCACUUUGCCGGCGCGGGCCAGGGAGCCGUGGACUUUACCUCCGAGCAUGCGCCCGGCCACUUCCAGGGUGCUCAGGGCCUCCACACCGCACUGGCCCAGGGUGGCCUCAUCCUCCGGGGCGUCCCCGCUAGGAGCACCACUUGGUCCUCGGGGGCGAUGCCCUCCAGCGAGGCUACGUGAGCCUUGAUCUGGGUGACCGUCUCCCGGCCGGUCACCUCGAGGGUGUGGCGCUCCUGCGCACAAACAAACAGCUGCAUGUUGGCGGCUGAACUGCAGCCCCUACUUGCCACUAGCACAAAGAUGGAGUCGAGAAAAAGGAAGAAGCGAGGGCGCGCACGCACUCCCGGCCUGUGGUGUGCUGAUGGUGAUAAUUUUAAGAAAUAUAUCAACAGGCUGACGCCAUGGCUCUCUAGGCUAAUCCUCUGCCUACGGCGCCAGUACCCCAGGUUCUAGUCCCAGUUGGGGCACUGGUUCUGUCCCGGUUGCUCCUCUUCCAGUCCAGCUCUCUGCUGUGGCCCAGGAAGGCAGUGGAGGAUGGCCCCAGUGCUUGGGCCCUGCACCCACAUGGGAGACCAGGAAAAGCACCUGGCUCUUGGCUUCGGAUCGGCACAGCGCACUGGCCGUGGUGGCCAUUUAGGGGGGAACCAACAGAAGGAAAACCUUUCUCUCUGUCUCACUCUGCCUGUCUAAAAAAAAAAAAAAAAAAAAAAAAAAAAAAAGAAAUAUAGCAACAAUGGGGCUGGCAUUGUGCCAUAGUGGGUAGAAACACCAGCAGUGCCAGCAUCCCACAUGGGCAACGGAAAAUGGCCCAAGUGCUUUGGGCCCUGUGCCCACAUGGGAGACCCGAAAGAAGCUCUUGGCACCUGGCUUUGGAUCAGCCCAGCUCCAGCCAUUAUGGCCAUUUGGGGAGUGAAUCAUGAGUUGUAAGAUCUCUCUAUCUCCCUCUCUCUCUGUAACUCUGCCUUUCAAAUAAAUAAAUAUACUUUAGGAAAGAAAAAAAGAAAUACAGCAGUGAGUGACAGAAGAGCAACUAGCAUUCUCUGAACUGUGCUUCCUCCUGGGCUAUCACAGCUGGAGAAAGGGAAGACAGUUCCCUUGGAUGUAGCCUCCAAAGGCAGGAACUGGCUAGGCCAGCCUUCGGUGUAGGCUGAGGAGGCAGCUGAAGACUGGUCUGGAGAUGUGAAGUCUCUCCCACUGUCUUCCGAGAUAACCGUCAUCCCACAUCAGUCAUUCUCCUGAGUUAAAACGCAAAGAUGGCUGAAGGUGCACAAUGCUGCCCAGUCCACUAGCUGUCUCACUCUCACCAGCCAUGAAGACAGGGGGCAGGGAACAAGGCAGAGAGCACGGGGGAAAGAAAGAAAAAGGCUGAAGAGAACUGCCAGCCUGGUGGAUCGAAAGAAAAUAUCCAGAAUGAAACAUGGAAAGGAAAGCAAGUAGAAAAGAGAGGAAAAAAAAGAGAGAGAGAGAGAAAGAACAAGAACAGGACAGAGGAAAGGAUACGAGACACAGAAGUACAGGCAAUGGGUCAAACACACAUGGAACUGGAGUCCAGAAGAAGAGAGGAAAUGGACAGAAACAAAACUUGAAAGUGUCAAGGCCAAAAGCUUCCCUCAACUGAAGACAGACAUCAAGCCAAAGAUUCAAGAAAGCCUCCAAGCAAAUUAUUUAUAUACAUCAUCACCAGAAACUAAGACCAUGUCACCAGCAGACCCACACUAAAGCAAAGAUUAAACGUAUUCCUCAGACAAAAGCAAAGCCAUCACAUACGUAAGCUGAGAGAUACAGGGCAGUAUGAAGGGCAACGCGGGAGGUAAGUAUACAGGUGAACGAGUAAGGACCAUAUGCAAUAAUGAUAAUCACGGCAUAACAGAACCUGGGAUGAGCAGUUAUCCAGUGGUGGACACCCAGACCCUGUACCAGAGGCUAACUGUGCUCCCAGCUUCCACCUUCAGCCCAGGCCCAGCUGUUUUGGGCAUUUGGGCAGAUGGCAGCUAUUUGCGUCCCAAAAACACAAACAAAAACAAAACAAAAAUUAAUAAUGGAAUAUACAGCAAUAGAAGCAAUUAAGUCAGGGGUAGUAGUUAAUGUACUGUAAGAACUUCAAAUUGUCAAAUAGGAAUAGUACCAGGAUCUAAAAAUAGUACCGCAGUCUAAAAAGGCACCUGCUUAUUAGGGCAGCAAUAAUCAUUAGCUAGGAUAACCAACAAAAAGUCUGAGGCUCUGUGACUUCCAAGCUGACACCAUGGGAGACACAGAAUGAUAAAAAAUGACAAAAAAGACUUUGAGAGUAUAGGAGGAAAAAAAAGUAUAGAAUUAGAAGCCUAAAACAGGUGAGGAAAAUUUCAAAGUUUAAACCCAAGUAAAGUCUAAUAAAACAACAAAGGCAAAAUGACUGAAUGGAUAAAAGACCAAAUCCAACUGCAGGCCCCAAUUUAAGUAUAAAGACAUAGAAAGUUAAAAAUGAGAGAAGCCAGCAUUAUGGUGCAGCUGGUUAAGCUGCCAGCAUCCCACGAGUUCUGGUUCAAGUCCCAGCUGCUCCACUUCUGAUCCAGCUCCCUGCUAAUGUGCCUGGGAAAGCAGCAGAAUGUGGCUCAAGUGUUUGGGCCCCUGCACCCACUUGGGAGACCUGGGUGGAGUUCCAGGCUCCUGGCUAUUGCCUAGUCCAGCCUUGGCUGUUGUGGCCAUUUCAGGAGUGAACCAAUGGAUAAAAGAGAUAUUCUCUCUAACUCCUUCAAAUAAAUUUAAAUGAUUUUUUUUAAAAAAAAGACUAUUUAUUGGGGGUCAGCACUGUGGCAUAGCGGGUGAAGCCCCCACCAGAAGUGCUGGCAUCCCAAAUGGGCACCAGUUUGAGUCCCGGCUGUUCCACUUCCAAUCCGGCUCUCUGCUGUGGCCUGGGAAAGCAGUCGAAGUGGGCCCAAGUGCUUGGGCCCCUGCACCCUGUGGGAGACCCGGAAGAAGCUUUUGGCUUUGGAUUGGGGCAGCUCCGGCCAUUGCUGCCAUUUGGGAAGUGAACCAGCGGAUAGAAGACCUCUCACUCUCUCUCUCUCUCUGCCUCUCUGUAACUCUGCCUUUCAAAUAAAUAAAUAAAUAAAUCUUUAAAAAUGCACACACAAUGAUAGAAAAGGCAAAACAGAAAGGUUCAUGGAAGAAUUUAAUUAAAAGAAGUUUCAGUGCAAAAAAGUUAAAAUUCAGGGGGCUGGCACUGUGGCGUAGCAGGUAAAGCCACCGCCUGCAGUGUCAGCAUCCCAUAUGGGUGCCAGUUCGAGUCCCAGCUGCUCCUCUUCUGAUCCAGCUCUCUGCUAUGGCCUGGGAACGCAGUAGAAGAUGGCCCAAGUCCUUGGGCCUCUGCACCCAUGUGAGAGACCAAGAAGAAGCUCCUGGCUCCUGGCUUUGGAUCGGCACAGCUCCGGCCAUUGCAGCCAAUUGGGGAGUGAACCAGUGGAGGAAGACCUCUCUCUCUGUGUAACUCCAACUUUCAAGUAAAUAAAUCAAUUUUUUUUUUGAAGAUAAAAUUUAAAAUUCUUUCAUAUAACAUAUUUUAAUGAAAUUUUUGAAGGCCCUGGUAUGCAUGAGUUUCAAAAAUUUGUGCACCAAAAUAAAUUUACUUGUACUUUGUGUGAACUUUUUGAAGUACUUCCUAACAAGACAGGGAGAAGAACCCCAAAGAGGCAGAGAGAAGAGACAGAUCACUCCCUGAGGAGAGGCAAUGAGACGUGUCCCACAGCGGUACCCACAGGCAGAUGAUGCCUUACAAAUUCAAUUUAAGCAUAUCCUGGGGUCGGCACCAUGGCUCACUUGUUUAAUCCUCCACCUGCGGCACCAGCAUCCCACAUGGGCGCCAGUUCUAGUCCCGGUUGCUCCUCUUGCAGUCCAGCUCUCUGCUGUGGCCCGGGAGUGCAGAGGAGGAUGGCCCAAGUGCUUGGGCCUUGCACCCGCAUGGGAGACCAGGAGAAGCACCUGGCUCCUGGCUUCGGAUCAGCGCAGCGCGCCGGCCCUAGCAGCCAUUCAUUCCGUGAAACAACGGAAGGAAGGCCUUUCUCUUUGUCUCACUCUCUCUCUCACUGUCUAACUUUGUCAAAUAAAAAAAAAUUUAAGCAUAUCCUGAUGCAGAAAGGACUUAAUAAAAAACCUCACUAAAGUAUUUUCUUUUAAAGAUUUAUUUAUUUGGAAGGCAGAGUUACAGAGAAGCAGAGAGAGAGGUCUUCCAUCCACUGGUUCACUCCCCAAAUGGCCACAGCAGAUGAAACUGGGCCCAUCUGAAGCCAGGAGCUUCCUCUGGGUCUCCCACGCAGGUGCAAGGGCACAAGGACUUAGACCAUCUUCUGCUUUCCCAGGCCAUAGCAGAAAGCUGGAUCGGAAGUGGAGAAGGUGGGACUCGAACCAGGUCAUUUGGGAUGCUGGCACUGAAGGCAGCGGAUUUACCCGCUACGCCACUGCUCCUGCCCCAAAAUAACUCAUUUUCUAAGACUAACUACCAAAACUGACUAAGAAUAUGUAUAGACCUAUUUAAGAUAAAAAAAAAAAUUACACAUAAAGCAAAACCAAGAUGGCUUUACUACUGAGCUCUAUCAAAUAUUUAAAGAAAUAUGGGACUAGCGCUGUGGCGCAGUGGAUUAAUUCUCCACCUGAAGCGCCAGCAUCCCUCAUGGGUGCCGGUUUGAGUCCCAGCUGCUCCUCUUCCGAUCCAGCUCUCUGCUAUGGCCUGGGAAAGCAGUGGCAGAUGGCCCAAGUGCUCGGGCCCCUGCACCCACAUGCAAGACCCGAAGAAAGCUCCUGGCUCCUGGAUUUGGAUCAGCUCAGCUCUGGCUGUUGUAGCCAUUUGGGGAGUGAACCAACGGAAGGAAGACCUUUCUCUCUGUCUCUCUCUCACUGUCUGUAACUCUACCUGUCAAAGAAAUAAAAUCUUUAAAAAAAAAAAAAAACUCAGUUAUUUUCAAACUCUUCCAAAGUAGAAGCUAAAAACUGCCCAACUCACACAAUCUCAUAAACAAGGAUAUCACAAGAAAAUAAAACUACACACCAAUGUCUCCUAUGCAUACUGAUAUAAAAGUCCUCAAAAGCAGUUACCAUUGGGGAUGAAUCGGUGGAGGAGAUCUCUCUCCAGUCUAUUCGUCUGUCUCCUUCCUCUUUUCCCAUCCCUCUCUCCAUCUCCCUCCCUCCCAUCUCCGCCUCUUAAAUAAGGAAAACAUCUACACACACAUAUAUAGUUGAAUUAGCAAUAUUUUAAGAAGGAUCACGCAGAAUGACCCAGUGGGAUUAAAUGAAUUUAUGUAAUAUACUGCACUAACAGAAUAAAGGACAAAAACGACAUGAUACUCUCCACUAAUACAGAAAAGGCAUCAAGAAAAUUCAACACAUUCUUAUGACAAAAAAGUACUCGACAAAUCAGGAAGACAAGGGGGCUUCUUCACCUUGACAAAGGAUAUCUACAACCCUUCUCCCCCAAGUAAACAUUACACAUGUUGAUGAGACACUGGAUACCAGGGGGCCGGCACUGUGGCGCAGUGGGUUAAAGCCCCAGCCCGCAGUGCCGCAUCCCAUGUGGGUGCUGGUUUGAGUCUCAGCUGCUCUAUUUCCAAUCCAGCUCUCUGCUAUGACCUGGGAAAGCAGGAGGAGAUGGCCUAAGUCCGUGGACCCUUGCACCCACGUGGGACACCCUGAAGAAGAUCCUGGCUCCUGCCUUUGGAUCAGCUCAUCUCUGGCCAUGUGGUCAUGUGAGGAGUGAACCAGUGGAUAGAAGACUUUUAUCUCUCUCUGGCUCUACCUCUCUAACACUGACUUUCAAAUAAAUUUAAAAAAAAAAAAAAAAAAAUGGAUACUGGCCCCAUAGCACCAAGAACAAAGCAGGGGUGUCUGCUCUUACCACUUCUAUUCAGUUCUAGAAGUUCUAAGUCAGGGCAAUCACACAAGAAAAACAAUUUGAAUCAAUUAGAUCGAAGAAGUGGAAACCACCUCUAGUCACAGAGGGUCUUAUAUAGAGAGGAGCCUCAGGCAUUCAUAGCGACCUACUGCAACUAGUAAAUUAAGCAAAGCUGAAGUCUAAAGGUCAAUAAAAAGAUUUGGUAUUCUGAACACCUGCAAUAAACAAUCCAAAAACGGAAUGAAAAUAAUUCCACUUAAAACAGUAUCAAGAAGAGUAAACCAGGGGCCAGUGCUGUGCCUGUGGGUACCGCUUUGGGACACGUCUCAGUGCCUCUCCUCAGGGGGUGAUCUGUCUUUUCUCUCUGCCUCUUUGGGGUUCUUCUCCCUGUCUUGUUAGGAAGUACUUCAAAAAGUUCACACAAAGUACAAGUAAAUUUAUUUUGGUGCACAAAUUUUUGAAACUCAUGCAUACAGGGGCCUUCAAAAAUUUCAUUAAAAUAUGUUACAUGAAAGAAUUGUAAAUAAAUUUUAUCUUUUUUUUUUUUUUUAAUUUACUUGAAAGUCGGAGUUACACAGAAAAAGCCCUGGCAUCCCGUAUGGGCACUGAUUCGAGUCCCAGCUGCUCCACUUCCGAUCCAGCUCCCUGCUAACGUGUCUGGGAAAGCAGUGGAGGAAGGCUCAAGUGCUUGUGUCCCUGCACCCACAUAAGAGACCCUGAAGAAACUCCUGGCUCCUGGCUUCGGAUCCAGCCGUUUUGGCCAUUUGGGAAGUGAACUAGCGGAUGGAAGACCUCUCUCUAUCUCUCUUCAACUCUUUCAAAUAAAUAAAAUAAAUCUUAAAAAAAAAAAAAAAGUAGAGAUUGAAAGAAGG